UCCUAUAGAAACUAAGACACUACAACUACUGUCCAACUCAAUCGAAUCUACAAAAACACAACAUCGUAUCGAAUAGCAGAAUUUCACAAAAAACUGCCGUAUUUAUUGUUUCUCGUUAUCGUUUUGUUAAUUUUGUGGCUGUUCUUCCUGAAUGAUGAACGCACUACUGGAACACGAGGGCGGGGAUCUGGAUCUCGAUGAUGGCAUGCGGAUCGAUCGAAUUGGGGAUGCGGCGGCCGGGGAUGCAGACGAUGAUUCGGAUUCGCUGGACGAGGCUGGACAGCAGCUCCGGUUCCGGCGUAACAAUCGACAGAUGGCCCUGCUCCUGGACGCUCCUCAUGAGCCGCCCCUGGCGGCUUUUCCGGCCCGAGGAGGUCGUUAUUUGGCAGCGGAUGGACCACCACGUUUGCGGAAGAUGCGCAGUUUCUACACCAUGGCCAAGCCAUCGUCAAUGCUCCACAGUCAGCGGCCGGAAAUAUGCCUCCUAAUGGCCAAUGUGACGCGGGCCAUGAGGGAAGUUCAGGAGGAUCAACGGGGCGAGUAUUUUGCCAACUAUUUGGUCGAGAAUAUGACCAGUCAGAACUAUCCCAAUGGUGUGGGCCUGCCACAACGCUGGGGUCAGUUCUAACUGACCAUGUUUUGCCCGGACGGCGAGCUCCACAAGAUCGAGCCAACCCAUUGGGAUCCCAACUCGCCCACUCACUACUCAAAACAACUUCAUAUUCAUCAUUACCCCAGGAAAGUCCCUUCUCCUCGACUCUCCUGAUAUAAGAAUGCUUGUGGCUUGGCAAUGUUCGCGUUUCAAUCACGUUCAAUAAACAACACUGUUCAGCAAA